AUGGCUUUACCAUUUCUACCUGGGACUUCUCCCAGUAAACAGAUGGGGAAGGAGAGAUUCCACAAGUCCCAACAUUUUGACUAUUCCAACGGAGUCCCCAUGCUGGUGGGAUCUGAGAAGCCGGGCAUCGGAGGAGAGCUUUUAGUGGGCCAGAAGAUUAAACCAGAACAUUCUGUAUACCCCAAAGGACAAGGCAGUGACUUACCAUCGUGGGUGGCCUUUGACAAACAGGUUUUGUGUUUUGAAGCAUACUUCCAGGAAGCUGUGCCUGAGGCACGGGAUGAGACAUACAGAAUCAGGAAGUGUAACAUCUACUUCUACCUGGAAGAUGAUACUAUACAGGUGGUGGAGCCAGAGUGCAAGAACAGCGGCAUCCCUCAAGGAACACUUAUUCGUCGCCACCGCAUCCCACUGCCUCCCCCAAAUGAUGACCAAUUCUACAACAUUUUCCAUUUCAACAUCAACCAACAGAUGGUGCUGAACUCCCGCACAUUCUGUGUGACCAACUGUGACAUGUUUACCAAGAACUUUCUCACAAAACUUGGUGUGCGCCUAAAUGACCCCACCACUGUACCUGCUGACCCCUACAGCAACUUCCGGGAACAGACUGAGAAAAGUAUGAAUCCGCUUCGUCCAUAUGAACGACGGGACACACUAAAGCAGUUCCUGGACUAUGACCGCAAAGUCCUGCGCUUCUACUGCUUCUGGGACGACACAGGGAACAUGUUCGGGGACCGUCGGGAGCUCAUACUGCACUACUUUCUGGCUGAUGACACCAUAGAGAUCCGGGAGGUUAGCUCCCCAAACUGUGGGAGAGAUUACGUGCCCAAAUUCCUGCGCCGCAGCAAACUACCUAAGCAUGCUCCGGCCCAAAUGAAGCAGCCCGGAGAGAUCACAGACCGCACAGUGCUAAAUGUGUUGUCCUCUGAGAGUCAAGGAGCGCGCUACAUACUGGACAGCCUCAAAACUGGAUCCGUCCAUGAGGCGUUUUAUAAGGACUGUGAUCUGACUGUUGGUGGGGAGGUGAAUGUGUUUGGCAGGAGAGUCAUCAUCGCUGACUGUGAUGACUUCACCAAAGACUAUUACCGCUCCAAAUACGGCAUAGAGGACUUCACCCCAGUGCAGUACAAAGCUCCCGCAGCCCCUAAGCCCCCGAGGCUUGUGCCCCCCUACAACGGCUUUGGCUCAGAGGAGGACUCUCUAAGCUCCUGCCAGGGCCUGCUGCCCAAGCCCCCACAGAAAGAUUUCCACAAAUUUAUGGAGAAAGACAGAUGUGGCCUAGAGAGUAAUGUGCUGAAUUUCCACGCCAAGAUGGUGACCACCGAUCCAGUUGACGGAGAGAGGGCUUUCAACAUCUCCUUCUACCUGUGUGAUGACUCCAUCAGUGUGUUUGAGCGCCCACAGAGGAACUCAGGUGUGCUUGGUGGGAAGUUUCUGGAGCGCAGUCGUGUAAAGAAGCCAGGCCAGGAGCUGUUUAAGAGCGAGCCGUCCGAGUACUUUAAAGCUCAGGAUCUGUACGUAGGAGCUACCCUCUGCCUCCACAAUAAGAACUUCCAGCUUCUGGAUGCUGAUGAUUACACCCUCAACUACAUGGAGAAGCAUGCUGAGGAGUUCCCCAAAGCCAACGUGGGCCACAUCCUCAGUAAACUACGAUCCAUUCCAGAGGAGAGACAGAGUGAGAUCAGGAGAUUUCUGACUCUCAGUGACCCCAGCAACACUGGCUUCAUCCCCUAUGAGUCACUCAGGGGCCUGCUGAUGGGCCUGGACUGCAGACUGUCGGAGCAUGAGGUGCUGGUGCUGGGCCGACAUUUCUCCGAGCGUGAGCAGCCCGAGGUGGACGUGGGCCUGAUGCUGGCUGUGGCCCAGGACUUCCUCAAAAAGAAGCAGUUUGAAGAGCUCCCUGACAUGGCCAGAGCCUUCGCAUAUCACGACCAACACAAAACCGGCCGUCUCUCUGCCAAAGAGUUAAGGACCAUCUGUAAGGCCUUCCGACUUCCCCUGCCUGAGAACCUGCUCAGAGGUCUGCUCAGCAAGUUUGCAGAUGGGGAUGAGAUUGACUACCAUGCCCUCCUGGCUGGCAUUAACUGGUUAGAGAACCCUGCUCCCCCAGUAAUGCCUGAAGACAUCUUAAAGUUUGAUGUGAACCCGAGGUUUGACGUCGGCAUGGCUGCAUUGAAAAACAUCAACUACUCUGCUCUCCUGGGGGAUUUAUUCAGCUUUCCCUCCAACAACGGUGACCCGACAACCGCCACCUCAACAUAG